GGCCCCGCGCAGCCGCACUAAGGAGGGGGCGGAGCUUCCCCAUACACGCCGUACGCCGGCGCCGGCUUUCUCUGCUGUGGGGUUGUGCGCAGUUUCUGUCCCACAGCCUCCCAGAGGUGACCUUGAGCUGACUGAGUAGCUGUCGGCUGGGCGGGCGUCUGGAAGUGCCACCUUCCCUCAUGUUCGUUUCCUCCUCGGAUAGAGAACUGGCCAUUUUUGCCUCUCAGCGGCCGCCGUAUCGGCCUUUCAGGACUUAGAUUCCCCUGGAGUCCGACAGCCCGGCCAUUUAACCUCGGGACUUACGGGGAGGAAUUUUAUGUUUUGGUUUGUUUGUUGUUGUUUUUAACCCCACAUAUGCACUCUACAUGUCAGUGGAGCCACGCCCCUACUCCCUGCGCUUGAAAUCCUGGGAACGAGGCAGCCUGAUGGCGGUCACGUGACGCCGGCGUCCAGCGUGUCCUUGCCGGGCAACCGUCCUGGAGACCGACACUGCUGGCUGCAAGAUGGACAUCAUCUACCCGCUGGCGGUGCCCAAGGGGCGCCGGCUCUGCUGCGAGGUGUGCGAAGCCCCGGCCGAGCGGGUGUGCACGGCCUGCACGGUCACUUACUACUGUGGUGUGGUUCAUCAAAGAGCAGACUGGAACAGCAUCCAUGAGAAGAUAUGUCAGCUGCUGAUUCCGCUGCGCACUUCCAUGCCCUUCUACAACUCAGAGGAGGAGCGGCGGCACGGCCUCCAACAGCUACAGCAGCGACAGAAGCAUUUGAUUGAAUUCUGCUACACCGUAGCCCAGAAAUACCUCUUUGAAGGAAAACAUGCAGCUGCUGUUCCCGCAGCUUUGCACUCACUUCGCUUCCGCAUGAAUGUGCAUGGCCUGAGUUCCGUAGAGCUUGUCCCUGCUUACCUGCUGUUGGCCGAGGCGAGCCUUGGUCUGGGCCACAUUGUCCAAGCUGAGGAGUAUCUAUCCCAAGCCCAGUGGACAGUCCUCAAAUCAAGUGAAUGUUGUUCUGCCACCCAAUCUUUGCUGCAUCGGAACCUGGGACUUCUCUAUAUAGCUAAGGAAAACUAUGAGGAAGCCCGUUAUCAUCUGGCCAAUGAUAUUUAUUUUGCCAGUUGUGCAUUUGGAACAGAGGACAUCAGGACCUCAGGGGGCUACUUCCACCUGGCUAAUAUCUUCUAUGGCCUUAAAAAGUUGGACCUGGCAGACACCUUGUACACCAAGGUCUCUGAGAUCUGGAGUAAAUACUUGAACGAUCGCUACCAGGUGCUCUCGCGGGUUCGCAUCCAGCAGAUAGACUUACUGGGCAAACGAUUUGAGACCGACACUGGCCUGGAUGAAGCCCAGGAAGCAGAAGCCAUUCAGAUCCUGACUUCAAUCUGGAACAUUCGAGAAUCUACAUCCGACACAGCCCCCCAAAAAACGAUCUUUGUUCUGAAAACCCUGUUCAUGCUUUACUACCUGAUGAUGAAUUCUUCAAAGGCACAAGAAUAUGCCACGAGAGCCUUCAGUCUGGCCAAAGAACAGAAUCUCAGUGUCCACGAACAGGACGCCAUUGAAGAGUUACUAAGUCUUAUCUCAGCUGAGGAAGCUCAUCCCAUUACUUAGUGACCCAUGAUCUCGGCACCAGGGGGCUGUUCAAGGGGCUACUGAACGUCUAAAAUAUACCAGUUUGCACAACUGCUUUGAGGUAUCACGACUUGCUCACACCAACCCUCCUGCCCUUUUCCCCUGGGCCUGCCCACAUAGCCAUGUUUUUAUUCUUGCACAGAAUAUGUGAGGAAAUGUAGAGCUUUAGGCAUAGAAAUCAGUAAA